AUGGGUGACUGGGUAGGCUUCAUGAGAGGGCUCCCAAACACGGAUAGUCUUAGGGCAGAGCUUCAUGCCCUAUGGAUGGGGCUAAAAAUAGCUCUCGAACAGGGCUUAUCACCCCUUAUGAUUGACAUUGAUUAUGAACAUGUGCUGAAAAUGUUAAAACAUGGUAACUUGACUCACAACCCCAUAAUUUCUGAAUGCAGGUAUCUGAUGGAGCAGCUGGGGAACCCGGCCAUAGACCAUAGCUACAGGGAGCAGAACCAAGUAGCGGACCUCCUCGCAAAGGAAGGAGCUAAGAAGGAAGUUUUUGACAAGACCCAAUUUUUUGCAGUUCCUCCGGUGUUUGCAAAUGAU